AUAAAAGUCAUGAAAAACAGUAAACAUAAGAAAUUUCAUAAUCACUCGAAGAGAAACAGCAUAUCUAAGAAAUCAGUUUACAAAAUGAUUAAGAGCAAACCAUUGAAGGAAAUACAAUCAGAGAUUUUGGAAAAUUUCAAUAGUAAACCAGACCUAAAAGAUAGCGCAAUGGGAACUAAUUCCAGUGUGGGGUACAUUCUAAAAUUCCAGAAUGACCAUCUGCAAAGAGUGCUUAAACCAGAGACCAAACACAACUAUACUCCUUCUGAACAGAGUAUAUAAAAGGGGUGAAAUUUGAACCUCUCCAGAAUACAAAUAUUGCAAUUUCUGAAAAAUAGGAAGGUAAAAAUGCAAGAAGGGAAGAAGUCCAAAGUUGACAAGAUGCUCAGACAGAGAAUUCGAAGAAUGAGACAUAAUGAGAAUGGCCUCAACUCCCAAUUAAGCAGUGCUAGUGUAGUAUUCGACCCCGAUUUCGUCACAGAGAUGUCUUUCAGAAAACUAAAAAAAUUGAAGUAAACUCUCUGUACAAAGAGUAGAGGAAUUCAAAGCUAGAGGAAGCCAUAGCGUCCAGAGAUCACUUUUGGAUGAAAAGGUAAAUCCAAGAUUUUUAGGAGGAGAAAGUUUGGAGAAGCCUCUCCAAAAUGCAUCCCAUUUCAAAAUAAGGGAUGUAGAAUUUGAGAAAAAGUUUAAGCAAUCAGAGAACAUUGCUAAGCUGAUAUCUCAGUUAAAACAAGAACUUAAUUUACAAGAUGACAAUGAAAAGAAAAAACUUUCUUACAGAGAAUUUCAAAGAAAGAGAAGCAAGAAGCUUAAGAAUCUUAGAAUCGGAGCUAGACGAUCAGAGCAUGGCGAACAACCCCUCAAGAUCAUAUUCUCUCCCAAUAAUCCGACCGCCAAAUUCUUUGAAAAAAAUCCUACUGAUGCUGAUGGUGCUAAUUCACCUGUAAAAGUUCAAGAUGGCAAAAAUGAUGAUUUAGGGAGUGCAUUUAAAAACAAGAAGAGACUACAAAUAGACCUUAAUAGUUACGAUAAGAAGCAGUGAAAGAGAAAUUCUUGAGCUACUUCAACAACAAAAAUUACUCCUAAAAGUUUAAAAGUAUCUAGCUCUAAAGCUAAUAUCACACCUAAUGGCAGCUCCCAACUAGUGUUGACUAGCCGAAAUAUCUCAAAUAACUGAAUUUUACCUUCAAUGCCUGCUCUAAAGUCUACAAAAUCGACUCAGAAGCCAUUAUUGCCACAAAAUUCCUCUGAAAAGAAAGAUCUUGGUCUCGAGAAUACAUAUGUUGUCAAAAGAAUCUUUGAGGCAUCAAACGUAGCCGCUUUUAUGUCAUCAAAGAAGAAAUUCCAAAGACCUUUUAUGAACAUGAGGAAUUCGGUUAAUCUCUUUACGAAAUUUGAAAGAUACAAGAAGGAUAUACGGCAUCAGCAGCAAGAUAAAGAAAAAGAUCCAAUCGAAAUCACUCCUGUGAAGCAGCCAUUUUGCAAAAGAUCUCCUCCGAAAUUUGUGGUCAAUGCUACUAAAACAAAAGUUGAGAUAAAAAUGCAGCUGCCUUCAGUAUAAAUUUUCAAUUAUUGAAC